GAUCAAUGCUGUCUGCUUUUUUUUAUCAAAAGAAAAAGAAUAGACCUUUAUUUUGGAUGCAUUGAAGGUUGCUGCAGAUGUCAGUACGCUGAAGUAAACCUCAAAAUGUGAAGUACUUAAUUAAAAAUGAAUGCCGGUUACAUCCAUCUCAGCAUGAGCAGUUUGUUAGCCGUGAUUGUUGGUUUUGUGCUUCUUCCUUCACUGUUAGCAGCCACUGGGCGUGGGGAAGAGAAAGUUGAUAUUGGAACAUUAUCAGGAGAUGUUCAGAACUGGGCGAUGCUUAUACAAAACUACAUACUACAGCUAGCAAAUGAUGGCAUUCGACGACAUGACACCCAGAGUUAUUUGGAUCAAGCUGUUUACUCAUUUGAAAAGAAAGAUGGAGCAGAGAUUGUAAAUCAAGUGAAGACAACACUUGAAGAUUACUUCAAGAAAAAGACAAGAGCAGCCGUGAGACUAGCUGCAAAAGCCCAAGAACUGUAUGAUGAAUUCUUGACAGCUAAUGCUACUACAAAUGUUACCAGCCUCAAUGAUCUUGGCAGGGAUGUUUACAAAGAUUCAGACAUUCCUAAAUUAUUGCCUGUGGAUCUUGACUUUAAUCCAUACUUCCGACAGAGUGUGAGUUCAAAGUAUUCAACGGUGAAAAUAGCCGAUGAAGUUCCAAGGGACGACAAAGCCGUUAUAGACAGUAUCAUAUACACCACCAAACUGGAAGAAGUCUUCCACCAGAAUGCUGCUGAAGACCCUUUAAUGAGAUGGCAGUACUUUGGUACAACAAUAGGAAUUACAAGGCUUUUUCCGGGUCGAAAAUGGUCCAUAAACUUUGCUGGAUUUUACAACGAUUAUGACCCAAGGCUUAGGCCAUGGUAUAUUGCUGCAACUAGUGGACCAAAAGAUGUUAUCAUCAUUCUAGACUGCAGUCGGUCAAUGCAAGGUGAGAAGUUUGAAAUUGCCAAGGCUGUUGCAAAGACUGUUAUCAACACGCUAACAAAACAGGACUAUGUGAAUGUGAUAUGUGCUCGUGCCAGUCAUUGGGAUGAAGUUGGCAAGUGGCAUCCCUAUGAUACUGAGGUAAUGAGCUGCCAGUCGGAUGGAAUGGUGCCAGCAACAAUAGCUCACAGAAAGGAUUUGAUUGAAAAAAUUAUGAUGAGGAAAGCUGGCGGAACAAGUGAACUGGAGAAAGGUUUUGAGAUGGCUUUACAGCUGCUAAGAAGUGUUCCUCGCACUGGCUGUCAGUCACUGAUUGUGUUUGCUACAGAUGGCCUUGAUACUGAUGGAGAACAGGUCAGAUGUGGGCCAGGAUAUUACACCAGGAGUGGUUAUGUUCCUGGACCAAUAUGCAAGUACAACUUCACCAAAGUUUGGAAUGUCCAUAUAGAGGAAAACAGCAAGCUUGACCCUCCAGCUCGUAUUUUCAGCUACCUUUUGAUAGAAGAUGCAGAAUUGUUUCCUGGUCGAUCGGCCUGUGAUAUUGGGCGUGGCAGUUUCAAGAAACUGAUGACUGGCGAGAACCUCAUUUCACAGAUGAGCAACUACUUUGACUUUCUGUCCUCUAAUGCUCAAAGCAGCAACGCCCUGUGGACAUCACCUUAUCUAGAUUCAUGGGGGCUCGGUCUCAUGGUCACGUACUCAAUACCUGUACUCAGCCGCAUCACAGGAAAGUAUAUUGGUGUUGUUGGAGUUGAUGCAACUUUGGAUGAAAUUGAGAACUUUCUCACAAAACACAUGUGGGGAUCAGUCUAUUCCUUUCUUAUCAACAAUCAAGGGGAGACAAUUUACCAUCCUAGACUGAAACCAAGUAAAGGGUUGCUGGAAGACCCAAUCUUUAUCCCUAUAUCGCAGCUGGAAAUUGACAAACACGGCAGCCCGGCUGAGUUCUCCCUCAUUGAAAGUGAAAUGAGAGCUGGGAUAACCAACCAAAUAAAGGUGGUCACAAGCAAAGGACCAAAGACCUAUUUUUAUGGAGCACUAGAGGAUGCAGAAUAUUCAUUUGCAUACUGCUUGUAUGAGACGGACAUGGAAUUUCGAAGAUCACAAGAACCUUUGGAUAGAUCUAAAUAUCAUCAGAGUUACUUCAAUCUUCUUAAAGAGUACAACAGUACUUUGUUACGGAAAGAGCUGCCCGGUGUUUAUGAAGAAAUUGAUGUGCGGGAAAAUGAAAGCCGGUACCCAGGUCUGAGAAUCAGUUACAAAUAUUCCACAAUAUUUCUGCCUCCAAAGGCCUGGUGUGACCCAACCACUUACAUGUAUGAUGACAAUCUGGCACAAAAGACGUUAGAUGCUCAUAUUUGGAUUAACAGUCACCAGAAGGAUGAAGGCUGUGAGUUUGGAAAACAGAAGUUUAGAAAGGGAGUUAGAGCUGAUGUGUUGAUAACUCAGCCAAUUGAAGUAAUCUGGCGGACACGAGACUUUGAGUCUAUCAAGCAAAUAAAGUGGACCAAUGUUGGGCUCAGGAGUGGAGUAUUCAGAACAUACCCAGGUCAUCGGUCAAAACGGGAAUAUGACCCAACCAAACGACCGUGGUACAAAAGAACCAGUUCAGCACCACACAAGACGUCAAUAUCGACGCCGUACAUGGACUCUGCUGGUGUGGGCAAGAUCAACACAAUCUCCCAGGCUGUGUUUGAAGGAAUGACCCCCAAGACUGAUAAAGAAUGUGAGCAGUAUGCAAAAGGAGCCAAGUUGGGAGGAUGCAAGUGUGAAGUUGACAGUGAUUGUCUUAUCAAGGUGUGUUACCUAAGCAAGGCUCCUGGUCCGAACUCGAAGCAUCGACGAUGUGCAACUGAACGUGUGGAAGCUGUCACAGGACUGGAUAUUCUGUACGAUGAUUUCCAGAAUAAAACGAUGGGCAGCAUGCAAGCAAGUGACUUCCGCAAGUCCUGUGGUCAGAAUUACACGUGUCCUGAUGGAGAACCAGGAUGUGAAACUAAGUGUUAUUUGUUUGAUUACAACUCCUACCUGGUGAUGGACCCAGACUUUCUCACAGCCAGCAGUUUAGACAAGAGUAAGUACGCAGGCAUCACCUUGGGAAGGAAGGAAGGCGAAAUCAUGAAAGAACUGGUUUACAAACAUGGAUUCUUUCGUCGCAAGGAGUCGUUUGAUUUUCAAGGUUCCUGUCGAAUAACACCAGAAGCUCCAAAGGUUACUCUAGCAGGUAUACCCAAGAAACCUGAAGAGCUUGAUGACUACUAUAAAAACCGUGGUCCGAUUGCUAUGUUCCGUAGUGAUUUCGGAUGCAUCCAGGAUGUUGUCAGUUACAAAGCAGAUGAUUCUGCUUUAGGGCCUAUUGAAAUGAUCGCAGGGAAUGUGACUGGUCCAUGCAUGUCUGGCUUCUACUACGUCACUGCUCUUCCAAAAACUAACCUCUAUCUGCUGGUGAUUGAGGACUACCAGCAUUACCGGGAAUCCCUUUUCUACAACUUCAACUGUAAGAUAACCCGGAGUAUUGUGACCUCUGGUGCUUAUCGCAUCAUUAAUGGAACGUGUGCCCACAAGGAACACUCUAAGAAGACAUUAGCCCAAGAAAACAAAUGCCCUCGGCUUCAUGACUUGGAUCUCCAGUGUAAAUAUCAGAGAGGUUCCAGCAUCACAUCAUCUAUAAUACUUGUCAUUAUUUCACUAGUUUUGACUGUAUACUAGCUACAAAAUAGCCUUUUCUGAAUUUUCUUAACUGAUUUAUCUGUAAACUGUUAACUUGUUGUUAAGAUAUAUAGUGACAUAUCAUAAAAUGAAAACAGUUCGAAAGCAUCUUUAACAUGUUAUAGUAUUAUCAAGCAGGGUAAUGGAUAUAAAUAAAAUAAGAAUUGCCUGAAAUUUAUGUUAUAGUAACUGUUGAAUUUGCAUUUAUCAAGAGUCUGAAAUUGUGUUGUCAAAUUAAAAUAUAAAUUGACUGUCACCAAACUAAAUACAACAAGUCUAGCUUACUAGUAACUAUAAUAUGAAAUAUAUCAGCUAACUUCAACCCAGUUACAAAACAAGAACAACCAAGUACCAUACUGUGUUAUAUAUGUCAUAACUAUAAAGAACGAAUGUCUAGAUGGUGCCAAGUUUUACAAAGAACAUGAAAAGUAGUGAAUAGUUGAUAAUUUCUUUGUGAUCUCAUAACAUGCUUUAGAAUUUUUAAUCUGAUCUCUGUGCCAAACACUUUGUAGAAUUUUUUUAAUUUUUUUAUUUAUUUGUACAUAUGUGUUAACGUGUCUAUUAUUAUAUGACUACCAAAUAUCCCUGUUGUUAUGUUAUGAUGAAACAUUUCCAGUCUUGAUCUCAUUUUUAACAUUCCUGUCAUCUUGAACAGAAUCUGUUUGUUAACUCGGUAUACUGGACCCCAAAAAGAGUCUGUUACUUAAAUAGACCUUGAAGCUGGAAGUCAAUAUACUUAAUAUGUAAUCAUUUAUUGUUAAUCAUGAGAGUAAUAAAUUCUGUUAGUUAAGUUACUGUUCUGACAAAGUUGGAUUUUUUGUGUUAAAGUAUGGUAUGUAUAUCUUGUAUUCAGGUGCAUGUGUGCCUGUUAAAAUUGCCCAUUAUUAAAGGUCAUUUUAUAGGGUUUUUUUUUUUUUUUUUUUUUUUUUGUGGUGAUAUUUUAUGACAUUACAUUGGAUCUCUGUAGUUCAGUUUCUGAUGCAAUACUAGGACAACGAUUUAAGUGUAGCAAAACUAUUACAUACUUUUUUAUACACUUAUCAUUUUAUCACAAUACUUCACAUCACUGAUCUACUUAAUAGGAACUAUGUUUUACACUAUGUGUUUAAUAUUCCUGCAAAUUGGUGGGAUCUAUGUUUACAUUGAUUUUGUAGUCAUAUCAUGGCUUUGUAUAAAUAUUCACUGGGCCUGCCAUAAGCAUACGAGAUAGUGAGUGUGUGUGUGUGUGUGUCUCAACUCCCCCUCCCCCCCCCCCCCCCCCCCCCCCCCCCAUUGCUGGAGCAAAGCCUCACAUUUGAGCAGAAAUUAUGGAGACUUUCAGGCAAAAUGAACUUGCCUGAAAACUUUUCACUGUGUAUUGACAUGUAUAUUAGUUGCAAUCAGUUUUAAAAUGUGAUGUGAUUUGUUUGGAACUUGCAUGGCUGUUCUGUAGUAAUGAAACUGAAUAAAUAUUAUUUAAAUUUUGGCAAAAAUUAGCCUGACACACACACACACACACACACUCACAAAAAAGGGAGCAUGUAGGCCUAUGCAUUGGGCUGAUGUUAUAAUUCUUUUAUUAGUUCUUUAUGAACUUGACAAAGUGUUAAAUGAUGACAUUUCUUUAGGCCCACUUUCCAUUAGCAGAUUCCUAUACAUGUUUAUAUACACAUUUAUGUUUCAUUUGAUUUAUCAUCAUUUAUGAAUGCUUAUUAUAUCGUAUACUUACAAUCAAGGGUUUUUAUGUCCAUUUGCCCCACAAUUUUCUUCCAUGUACUGGUGGUUGUAAUUUUAUUUUUAUUAUCCCUACAAUGCAAAUUAUCAAGUAGAGGAUUCUCCUCCACAAAGUUUAUAUUAAAAUAUUUUCUUUUUCUGUUGUGAGCUUCGCAUCUUUCCAAUGUUGUUGUCCAUGUUUACAUUCAGUUAGCACAACAGAUAUGGACAAUUACCUUCUUUGUUAAGUCACCAGCGAACAUUUUACAUUAUGACAUAACAGAGCAAAAAACUUCCAAAUCGAGCAACUUUUUUCUGCAUAUGGAAACACAUAUAUAUAAGUAGUGUGUAUAUAAGCACUAUAUCGAUAAACUCAUGCAUGGAAUCACGUCAAUGGAAAUUGGCAUUGAGAUUAAGAGCUCUUGUAUAACUCUAAUCAAAUAAUUAUUUGUCGUAUGUUGUAGAUAUGUCAGAAACAGUGCAAUAUAUUUUACAAAAUUAUUUAUUGUUAUUCUUAUCUAUCUGUUAUUAUAGACAUGUAUUUUGGUCUAUGUUUUAUAAUAAUUGUUAAUGUUGUUUAGUAUAUUUUGUUUACAAAGUUAUUAUUUUGUAGAUUUUAUAUAUAUAUUUGGUAGUACACUUAUGUACAUUUAUAUGGUACACUUUUUGGUUUAUAAACCAUUUCAAACUGCAUAUUGUUUUGUAUGUAAGUCUUUGUUUUGUUCGUUGGAUUUUUAAAUGUUCUAUUAUAUUUAGUACCAUGCAGUUCAGACAUGGGGCGAUUACAUGACAAAAGUAAUCGAUUACGAUUACUUAAGAAUGUCAUCAUUACGAUUACGAUUACAAGGAAAAUGAAAGUAAUUGAUUGCGAUUACACUGCCCAGUAAUCAUACAUUUUCACAAAUAUGAACUAUUUUUGAUGACUACAUGUAUGUGUCAAAAUUACCAAAUGUUUGACAUUCAAUAGUCCAUAAUUAAUUAAUCAAUGUACUACAGUAGUGUCGUUAAACAAAACAAACUUUACUUAUUACAUGAAUAUUUAAAACAUUAUAUUUAACGACAAAACGUAAUUACAUGUGUGUUAAUCCCCAAGCUGCUAAAAGAAAUCAAAGCAUGCCCCUUUAAUCGCCUAAUUGCAGACGGACAGCGCACAACCUUAAUCUCUUGUCUGUAAGCUUGACUGGGCAGCCAAAUCCACACACAGCAAUAAGUUAUUUAACAUAUAAUCCCUCCCUCCAAAGCAUCACUACAAUCGUUACAAUUUUAGGUAACUAUUGAUAUAAAGUAAUAUAACCCACAAAUUAAAAAAGAAAGAUUAAAAGAAUAGGAUAUUGUUUUAGUGUUCUACUGGUUCAGAAAAUAUUUUGCUCCAGCACUUUCUUGCCACGUGACUUCUGGAGAAUCAAUUAUUUCAGUCAACUUGUAAAUUAAAUGAUUCACUUGACAGGUAAAAAGCCAUAAUUUUUUUUUUUAAAACAUGACAAAAAGUCACAACUUUUAAUUAAAAAAAUAUUACUGUUACCAGUGACACCAGAAAAAAACAUGUUAAAAGGAUACAAACUCAGGAUAGUCCCUUUGCUCAGUGCUGCACCCAACUACUAGCACUGUUACUCGAGUUAUUACCAAGCAUAUCAAAGAGGUUUGGUUAAUAGGCAUGUUUUCAUAAGCUUAUGUAUGUUAUAAUAUAAUAUAACCAUAUAACCAUAAUGUAAGGUGUUGGUAUAAAACAGUUAAGGAGAAUAUAAUAUGUGUACAGAACUCUAUUUAAAACUAAGUAACCAUAGAUUCACGCCUUCCUAUUAUUUUGUAUAAAUAUUUUCCUAACUUACAUACUUUGUUUACAUUGCUAGUAGGUAAUAACUUUAUUACUCUAAAGAUACAUGUAUACUGAAGGAUGCUGUAAUAAUCAUUAAUAUAUAAUCAUCAAAAAAAGUGCAAGUUCAUAUAGUUUGAAACUUUAAUCCUAGUGUAGUAAUCACGGAAGUAAUCAUAAAUUACGAUUAAAUUAGCAAUGUAAUCAAUUACGAUUACAUGGUAUUCUCAGAGUAAUCGAUUACGAUUACAUGAAAAUAUGUAAUCGAUUACGAUUACCCCAUGUCUGAUGCAGUUAUUAAAUGCACAAUAGACUGCACAUUAACUUGAAUACAUGUAUAUCAUCCUAGCUUUGGCACUGUCUAUUGUUCAGUUGUGAAAUAAAUGCAGCAUCAAGCAAUAUAUUAAGAAAAGCAACUAUCAAAAACAGGUGUAGAUUCAUGUUUUAGUUAAUAAAUGGCAAAUUUGAUUUAA